UUUCAGUUUUCCCGAUUUCGUCGCGACUAGAGUUUUACAAAGUGGCAUUUCUACAGGAAAAUGGUUGACACAAAAGAAAAAGUUGAAAACCCAAAAUCAAACAUAACUCCUGAAAAGGGUGUAGAUCAAUCAGUUAUUCCACCAUCGUCUAUAAUAAUCAAUAUGGAAGAUAACAAUGAAGAGGACGAAGAAGAGUAUGAGGAGGAAGAAGAAGAUGAAGAGGAGGUAGAAUAUGAAGAAGAAGACGAUGAAUCAGAAGAAGAAGACGAUGAAUCAGAAGAAGAAGAAAAAGAAGAAGAAGAAGAAGAAGAAGAAGAAGAAGAAAAGGUGAAGAAAGAAGAAACAAACAAUGAAAAUGCUGUGAAAGAAGAUGAGAAGAAAGAUAAAGAAGUAAAAAAAAGUGAGGAAUUAGGUGAGAAUUCAAAGAGUAAAGAAAAGAGGGCUAGAUCUAGGGACAAGAGCACAAAGAAGAGUGUUGUGAAUGGAGAUAAUAAAUCAGAAUCAUCAAGCAGAAAGAAAGGUUCAAAGAGGGUUGAAAGCAUGGGGAUGGUGUUCAUGUGUAGUUCAAAAACAAAAACUGACUGUUUUCGCUACAAGAUUCUUGGACUUCCUGCAAAUAAACAAGAUCAAGUAGCAAAGAUUUAUAAAGGAAUGAGAUUGUUUCUGUUUGAUGUUGAUCUCAGAUUAAUGUAUGGAAUCUUCAAAGCUGCUGGACCCGGUGGUUAUAACAUUGAACCAAAAGCUUUCAAAUCAGAGUUCCCAUCUCAAGUUCGAUUUAGUGUGCUUGAUGAUUGUUUGCCAGUAGCAGAAGAGAAAUUUAAGGAUGUCCUUAAAGAAAACUACUACACACGGAGUAAAUUUGAAGGCCUCUUGAAAGCCGAUCAGGUGAAGAAGCUGUGUAAGCUAUUUGCGGUUACAUCAAAAGGGCAAAAUCGUCCUAAAUCCGGUUUAAAAUCCCGUGGAAGAACACGAGCGAUUGAAAAUCGUCGAGUUAGAUCAUCCGAUGAAAGACGUAUAAGAAACAGGGAAGAUGAAUCCCGAGACCGGAAAAAACGUAAAAUACGCUCUCGAGAGGAAGAAAGAUGUUUUCGCCCUCGGUCCCGGUCUCGUUCCCGUUCCCGCUCUCCACCGCGUAGAGAAAAAAGACGGUACAACGACUAUGAACGACCGCCCGUUUUGUACGAGCGUGCCGCCCCAGUGGCCGUCAGAUACCUGCCGCCACCGCCACUUCCGGUGGUGUCUCCGGCGAGGUCAUACCCCUAUGACAGACCACCGCCCUAUGACCACCGCGCUUACCAUGAUGAGAUGCGGGCCCGGGACUGGGACCGGGACAGGGAGCGGGACCCGUAUUAUGUGUUUAGUAGAGAGGGUCCUCCUAAUGUGUAUGCUUUACCACCAGAGUACCAUAUUGUAAGCAGAGAGUACCACCAUCCUCCACCUGCAGUGCAACCACCACCACCGGAGUAUCGGUUUUCUGAUCGUGUCUCUGAUUACCGUGAUGUGGGGCCACCACCACCGGAGUAUCGUUCUCAUCGGACACAUUACAGAUAUUAGAGUUUUAUUAUGUGAAAUGUAAGGCAACAUAUUGUAAUGUUUAGCUUUUGGAUUUGGUUAUGGCGAUGGAGGUUUAGUUUCUAACUUAAAGUAAUUAAAAACUACUAGUAUCC